GCCGUCGACCACGCCGAGCCACUAGCGAGAAAGACGGCUGCUCCUGACUUCGAUCUCUCAAGGCACGAGAGCGACGGCCGCGGCGAGGGCGACGAAGAGGAGGAGAAAAAGAGGCGGCAGCGGCGAUGCAUUCUUUCGGCUACCGCGCGAACGCCCUUGUGACGUUCGCUGUCACGAUCUUGGCGGCGAUGUGCUCUCUCGCCUCCCUCUCCGAUAACUUCAACGUCCCCACCCCCACCGCCGACGUCAAGGUCUUGAACAUAAACUGGUUCCAAAAGCAACCAAACGGAAAUGACGAGGUCAGCUUGACAUUGAACAUCUCAGUCGAUCUUUCAUCUAUGUUCACUUGGAACACUAAACAGGUAUUUGUUUUUGUAGCGGCCGAGUAUGAGACCCCGCAAAAUGCCUUGAAUCAGGUUUCACUUUGGGAUGGAAUAAUACCAUCAAAAGAGCAUGCUAAGUUUUGGAUUCACACCACAAACAAGUACCGUUUUAUUGACCAAGGAAGCAAUCUCAGGGGCAAGGACUUCAAUUUGACGCUGCACUGGCAUGUCAUGCCCAAGACCGGAAAGAUGUUUGCUGACAAAAUAGUUAAGAGUGGAUAUCACCUCCCUGAGGAGUACAGGUAGAAGGAUGUGUUGCUUCCUGCCCCUUUUUUCCGCUAACUUCAAGGGAAAGGCAGAUUGGUAUGUGACUAUGAUCGAAAUUACCAGAAGUUUCAGGGAGGAUAGAGAUUGGAAUUUAAUGAACUUUCGUAAUUUAGAUCUGGUUUCAGUCUCUUGUAUCAUCCUUUUACAGCCAUACAUGAAUUGAGGCUGGCAACAAUAUUUUUGAGUAAAACUAACCAUGCUAGGAGUACACAAAAGUGGAAUUCCUACCCAACGAGCCUAUUACUAGUUUGAAUUGAAAAUGAAGGGAACAUUUCUCUGGCUGCAGGUGGCUCAUCCUAGAUUGACGAAGAAAAAAAAAAGGAAGGGGGAAAAGCUUUUUCCCCACAUAUGCAAUGAAUUUCAUGCCAUAGCAUUUGUCAUAGGUAUAGCAUGCACCAACAUGCAUUGUAUUGUAGCAGAAGGGAUUAUAGAGUCUACUAUUUGAAAUUUUGAAUAUAUUCAACUCAAUAAACCAAUCCCACUUAUGCAA